GGUCUCUUUUCAGAGCACCUGAAUGCCAUGUCAGUGUGGCUUGGCACGUACAGAUUUCCCAGCCUUACAAAUGACAGCAUUGGCAGGAAGAGUGCCCGGUUCUGAAGUGCUGGUGUUGCCAGAUCUGGGUUUAAGUGUGUCUAUUCAUGGGGCUGAACAGCGCCUGCAGACCCAUCAACGGCAAAGCGUGGCAAGCCGCCCGGGGUCGCGUCGCCGCCUGCCUGUGGUCAGGCACUCCUCGCUCCCGCCAGGCCGAAGGACGAUAAAAAUGGAAGCGAGCUCUUCCGGAAUCACUAACGGAAAAAACAAAGUGUUCCACGCAGAAGGAGGUGUGGAUUUGCAAGGCUACCAGCUGGAUAUGCAAAGACUCUCUGACGGCCCAAGGAAUGAUGUGGACUUUUCAGAAAUUCUUAAUGCAAUACAAGAAAUGGCCAAGGACGUCAACAUCCUUUUUGAUGAGCUAGAGGCUGUCAAUAGUCCUUGCAAAGAUGACGACUCCCUCCUUCACCCUGGAAACCUGACCAGCACUUCGGAUGACGCCAGCAGAUUAGACGCAGGCGGAGAGAUGGUGCGGGAGAAAAACAAGUUAAAUGGACUUUACUUUCGAGAUGGGAAGUGUCGAAUCGACUAUAUUCUUGUGUACAGAAAAUCCAGCCCCCAGACUGAAAAGAGAGAAGUGUUUGAAAGAAAUAUUAGAGCAGAAGGAUUACAAAUGGAGAAAGAGUCCUCUCUAAUAAAUAGUGACAUUAUCUUUGUGAAGCUGCACGCCCCAUGGGAAGUCCUGGGAAGAUACGCAGAGCAAAUGAACGUAAGGAUGCCUUUCAGGAGAAAAAUCUAUUACCUGCCGCGCCGGUACAAGUUCAUGAGCAGGAUCGAUAAACAAAUAAGCAGGUUUCGGAGAUGGUUACCUAAGAAGCCAAUGAGGCUGGACAAGGAGACACUGCCAGACCUGGAGGAGAACGACUGCUACACUGCCCCUUUCAGCCAGCAAAGGAUCCACCACUUCAUCAUACACAACAAAGACACUUUCUUCAACAACGCCACGAGAAGUAGAAUCGUGCAUCACAUUUUACAAAGAAUAAAGUAUGAAGAAGGAAAAAACAAAAUCGGUCUGAAUCGCUUGCUUACCAAUGGCUCCUAUGAAGCUGCUUUUCCCCUGCACGAGGGAAGUUACAGAAGUAAAAAUUCCAUCCGAACACACGGAGCAGUAAACCACCGGCAUCUUCUCUAUGAGUGCUGGGCGUCGUGGGGUGUGUGGUACAAAUACCAGCCUCUGGAUCUCGUGAGGCGCUACUUUGGAGAGAAGAUCGGGCUGUAUUUCGCCUGGCUGGGAUGGUACACGGGCAUGCUCUUCCCGGCCGCCUUCAUUGGACUGUUCGUCUUUCUGUAUGGCGUCACCACCCUGGACCACUGCCAAGUCAGUAAAGAAGUCUGCCGAGCCACAGGUAUCAUCAUGUGUCCUGUGUGUGAUAAGUACUGUCCCUUCAUGAGGCUCUCGGACAGCUGCGUCUACGCCAAGGUGACCCACCUUUUUGACAAUGGAGCCACGGUCUUCUUUGCUGUCUUCAUGGCUGUCUGGGCAACAGUUUUCCUAGAAUUUUGGAAAAGACGUCGAGCAGUAAUUGCUUAUGACUGGGAUUUGAUAGACUGGGAAGAAGAGGAGGAAGAAAUACGACCCCAAUUUGAAGCCAAGUAUUCCAAGAAAGAGCGGAUGAACCCGAUUUCAGGAAAGCCAGAACCCUAUCAAGCAUUUGCGGAUAAAUGCAGCAGACUUAUCGUUUCUGCCUCUGGAAUAUUUUUUAUGAUCUGCGUGGUGAUCGCCGCCGUGUUUGGGAUCGUCAUCUACCGGGUGGUGACCGUCAGCACGUUCGCAGCCUUUAAGUGGGCAUUGAUCCGAAAUAACUCUCAGGUGGCAACCACAGGAACUGCCGUCUGCAUCAACUUCUGCAUCAUUAUGCUGCUGAACGUGCUUUAUGAAAAAGUUGCGCUGCUUCUGACAAAUUUAGAACAGCCUCGCACAGAGUCCGAGUGGGAGAACAGCUUCACCCUGAAAAUGUUUCUUUUUCAGUUUGUCAAUCUGAACAGCUCCACGUUUUACAUCGCGUUCUUCCUCGGAAGAUUUACAGGACACCCAGGUGCCUACUUGAGGCUGAUAAACAGGUGGAGACUAGAAGAGUGCCACCCUAGUGGAUGCCUCAUUGAUCUCUGUAUGCAGAUGGGCAUCAUAAUGGUGCUAAAACAGACUUGGAACAACUUUAUGGAGCUUGGCUACCCGUUAAUUCAGAAUUGGUGGACUAGAAGAAAAGUACGACAAGAGCACGGGCCCGAGAGGAAAAUCAACUUCCCACAGUGGGAAAAGGACUACAACCUUCAGCCAAUGAAUGCCUACGGACUCUUCGAUGAGUACUUGGAAAUGAUUCUCCAGUUUGGAUUCACAACCAUCUUUGUGGCAGCUUUUCCCCUAGCACCACUCCUGGCCUUACUGAAUAACAUAAUUGAAAUUCGACUUGACGCUUACAAAUUUGUCACACAGUGGAGGAGACCUCUAGCUUCAAGGGCCAAAGACAUAGGAAUCUGGUAUGGGAUUCUGGAAGGCAUCGGAAUCCUCUCCGUCAUCACAAAUGCGUUCGUCAUCGCCAUCACGUCGGACUUCAUCCCUCGCCUGGUGUAUGCGUACAAGUACGGGCCUUGCGCGGGCCAAGGAGAAGCUGGGCAGAAGUGCAUGGUUGGCUAUGUGAAUGCCAGCUUGUCCGUGUUCCGAAUUUCUGACUUUGAGAACCGGUCGGAGCCGGAAUCGGAUGGCAGCGAGUUCUCCGGGACGCCUCUCAAGUACUGCAGAUACCGAGACUACCGUGACUCUCCUCACGCACUCGUGCCGUAUGGCUACACACUGCAGUUCUGGCAUGUCCUGGCAGCCCGACUUGCUUUCAUCAUUGUGUUUGAGCACCUCGUGUUUUGCAUAAAGCACCUCAUUUCCUAUCUGAUCCCCGACCUCCCAAAAGACCUAAGGGAUCGAAUGAGAAGAGAGAAGUACCUGAUUCAGGAGAUGAUGUAUGAGGCCGAGCUUGAGCGCCUCCAGAGGGAACGGAAGGAGAGGAAGAAGAACGGAAAAGCACAUCACAACGAGUGGCCCUGAUGAGAAUCAGAGGGGUCCUCAGCAGCGUGGCAGCCUGUCGCUCCCGCACACUCCUGAGAAAUUACUCCCCCUGCCGAGAGACUCUCUUCCCCUCCUUCUUAGGGUUACCGAGCAGAUUAAUGAGAAAUCUCUAUGAAGAGCUGGAGAAGUGUCCCUAGCCGCUUUGUAGAGGAAUGCGAAAUAUCAUCACCAAGAUUUAUAGUGCUUUUAUGACUGCCUACUAGCAUGCUUGCUACUUCUGGGAAGGAGGCUCUGCCUGUCUGGGGAAAGGGGUGAUGUUUAUUGUGAUUAAUCUUCCACACGGACUGCGUACUGAGUUGUCACCGUACCCCGGGCAUUUGUACACUUAGAAGAAUAGAUUUUAAAAGUGUCUUUAUUGGAUGAGUGCAUGCAAAAAACAAUAUAGCCAGCAAAAUAUUAGCAUGUGCUCCUGAUUUAACUUUUUCCCUCAAUCUUGACGGUUUGAGCAUUUAAGAAAUAAGGCAUGAAUGACCUGUUUGGGGCUUGGGUUUUAGUGCAAUGGUUCUGCCAGCUGCCUCGCAAGCAUGAGGACCUGAGUUUGAUCCCCGGUACAAAGAAGAAGAAGAAACAAACAAACAAACAAACAAAAAAAACACCUGAGCUGUUUGGAUCCCUUAGAAAAGCACUGAUUCUGGACACCUCGCCAUUCCUUUGUGUUUGGAGUCUCCAAGCUCUCGUGUCUGGCUACUCCUACAAUAGUUUAAUGUCCAAAUAGUUAUCAAGGGAGUUAAGUCUCGGAAGUGACACUUUAUGUUAGCUGAUCUUCUGAAGGGAACUCCUUCCCUGUAUGUACCCUGUAAUUUCUAGUUUCGUCCGUGGGGGAAAGUGAAACAUUCGAGCUUUGGUGACUCAGUGGCGGGCCCUGAAAAGCUACACCUGCCAACAGGCCCUGGCCACUGGGCUUUGCGCUCCCUGCUGCCUCAGAGCAGUCUCUGCUCCUCGCAGAGACGUCUUCCCUGUGCUCUGCGAUUCCACACCCAGCCUCACGGCCAGGAUGAGCUGGUGACUAUGUCAAGAAACCCUCCUCCAUCUUCCACCGACGCCCGCACAGUGAGGCCUACGCCCUGUUUUCAGGGCUUCCUUAAGGAACCGAAAUGAGAGAGGCUCUGCACGGAGCAUUCCCUCAGCUUAAACUCACUCUCUGUCAAUACAGAUUUCAACGUGAAGAAAAUCUAGGACCUCAACUUCACACCAUCCUCCGCCCUAGCAAAGGAGGCGAACCUGCUCCGGUCCCAUCCGGUCCCAUCCGGUCCCUUCCGGUCCUAAGAGCUGGUUUCUGUUUUCCCAGCCGAGACAGCGAGUCAUUUCUCCAGGCUGCACAUGGAUGGUCAGGACUUGGAUGCUCAUUUUAUAACCGUUUCGACAGAAAGUUAAGGAAGGCUUGCCUAAUGAUAUUUUACUCCAUUGGUCAUUUUAUUAGAUGAGCAGAAUUCAACUGAGAUUCCAUUAUAUUGCUGGGUCUGAGGAGGGCGUAAAUAGCAACGUUGUUGUCCGUGGGAUUCAAUGCACAGCUCUACUCCGUAUGUACAAACAUCAGCCUUUGAGGAGGUGAUCUUUAAUUUCCAUUAAUUCCCUCUUCGCUGUUUAAAAGAAGCCGUGGUCACUCGAAUGGGCCAAUAUCCGAUAUGCAAAAGAAACACUGCUAACAAGUAGAGGACGCGUUCCGUCUUUAAGGAAUCAUUUAUAUCUCGCGCGUUG